AUGCUGAAUGCGGCAAGCACACUCGCGUGUGUAUGCUUCUUAAUAAAUUUGGAAACAGACUUGUUAAGGGCGACAGUGCGCUAUCUAAGUGUCCUGACCAUUCUUACUUCGAUCUGGGGACCUGUACUUUAUCCACUGUUAGGUGAAAAUAUCGUUCUCACUCAAGUACCAAUUAUUUCACAACUCUGGGGCCAAACCGCGCACAAUACAACACUCAGCACAGGCUUCAUGGCUCUCCUUGCUGCCGGUGUUGUACAACUUACUGUCAGUCUUGGCACCAUCGUCCUUCUACCAGAUAUACUCACCGACACACUCGAACAAAAAAAAGCACACCUCGCCUCCAGCCCUGCCGGCCAACGCAGCCGAUACGAUGGCUACGCAGACACCAUCAACCUCCGAGACUCCGUCACCGACCUCGAGGAAAGCAAAGAAGUCUUUCUCAACGACGCCAUCCUCAACGAUGAGAUCAUUAGACUACUCCACGCACCCUUCCCCACCGCCGACAAACACUACUUUGAAGACGACUAA